AUGGUGGCCGGUCUGCUUGGUGGUCAGGAUGUGUGGGCUGGGGCAGUCCGCUGUUACGUUCUGGAUGGGGCAUUGCCGACUCUCAAACUAGCCUCCCAACUGAAUGAUCGCCCGUGCUUUGUUUGGGCUGGUGAAAUGAUCCUCGCAAUGGCACUUGGUGAAAGCGUGAUCCGGGUGUGGGACAUUACAAAAUCGGAUAAUUAUGCACUAUCACCACAUCCUAACAGUGAUUUACGUCAAAGAAGUUCCAUUGUAAUAGAGAGACUGGCAUAUUGCCCCAAACACAAGCUUCUAGCAGCCGGUAUGAGUGACGGACGAAUCGCGAUAUGGAAAUACACGGAUACAAGGCCUCUGCUAAGCACAUCCACUGUUGGAAUUGACCAGUAUGGACACUUUCCUAAGGUGAUCGAGUCAGUAUCUGGCAACUUUGAGCCGGAGUCCUGUUGGCUUCCCCAACCAAUCGUCGACUUGUUCAUGAAUCACGCAGAAGAACAUCUUCGAGAUUCCUGCACAAACACGUCUAUCGGUGUACUUGUCUGGGAUUCUACAACGGGCGUGUUGGCCGCUAGUUAUGGCUCUUCUACUGACCCGGCCACUGAAAACCUCGAAGAGGAGGAGAACAAGGCGUCGAUCUAUUCAGCCUUCAUUCUACGCCAACAGCCUCUAUGCGCCAACAUUGGCGGUGGAGGUAGUGCCGUGGUCCAGGUCUCCUCCCAGCGUCUUGCUGUAAUUUCAUCAAACCCCACUCACUUUGUCAAAUCGGAGGCUCCAGAUCUUGCCUCUAUUCGAACUGCACUGUCCUCCAAUGCGACGACAUCUUCAAGUUUUGCAAAGUCCAUCGAGUUCACUGAAAGUGUGGCUUGUGUAGAGGAACAACUGCGAAGUGCAUUUUGUACACAGGUGGGUGCCUAA